AUUAACCAUGUUUUGGACCACCAAUCCAUGGCUUAUAUUCAAAAAAUUACAGUAUGAAAUUUAUCCACGGUCCCACCUGCUUAAUAAGGUUACUUCUGGAGGAGAAAAAAACAACCCAGAUGCUUAUAUAUAAAUUGAAAUACUUUGCUAUUGGCCAGUGCCUCAUAUAUUUCUGGCCACGGCAUAUCCAGCUCUUCUCCAAUCUUACCCAAAAUGGCCCCCAAUAAUUCUUCACAACCGUAUGAUCCUGAACUGGCCGUAUCCUAUGCUCCUUUACUCGACCAAUCUACCUCCGAUCAUCCACCGUCAGUUCCUCAUUCAAAACGGCGGGUUAAGGUUUUGGUCGGCAUUUUCAUUUCCUCUUUAUUUUUACUCACCUCAGUUCUUACCAUUUUUCUUGGAAGUCCUGAAGAAUCUCAACUUAAAACUGAAGGGAUCAAUGCUGGUGGUCUAGGCAAGCCCUUCCCUUCAUCAUCAUCGGUUUCUCCCCGGAGUUUGAAUCCAGUUUCGACCGGAGUGUCUCAUGGGGUCUCGGAAAAAACUUUCCGGGGAGUCUCCGACCCGAAUGACGUGUACCCUUGGACCAAUGCGAUGUUGUCUUGGCAGAGGACAUCUUACCAUUUCCAACCGGAAAGGAAUUGGAUGAACGGUAAGCUAAAUUUGCAAGUUUCAAAAGUCAACUAUUCUUUCUUUCUCGUUUAUUAAUUAAUUGUUAAAAGAAAACGAAAAGGCUUAUUUGUUUUGGAAUAUGAAAAGAAGGGUAUAUUCAUACUGAUCCGACCUUUUUCUUCCUUUUUCUCUCAUUCCUGCGACAACUUUUGCUUUGUGCGGGGCAAUCUGGUGGUUUUUCUUCUGCUUCAGAUCCUAAUGGUCCAUUAUAUCACAUGGGUUGGUACCACCUGUUUUACCAGUACAAUCCGGAUUCAGCGAUUUGGGGCAACAUCACAUGGGGACACGCUGUCUCCGAGGACCUGAUCCACUGGCUCUAUCUUCCCUUCGCCAUGGUUCCGGAUCGCCCGUUUGAUAUCAACGGAGUUUGGACCGGGUCGGCCACCAUCCUCCCUGAUGGUCAAAUCGUGAUUCUCUACACCGGGGACGAUGCUGAUCUCGUCCAGGUUCAAAACCUUGCUUAUCCUGCCAACUUGUCUGAUCCUCUUUUACUGGAUUGGAUCAAGUACCCCGGAAACCCUGUCAUGGUUCCUCCUCCGGGUAUUGGUUUGACCGACUUCAGGGACCCGACGACGGCCUGGCUUUCCCCGGACGGCGAGAAGUGGUUGGUUACACUCGGGUCGAAGAUUAAUAAGACGGGUAUUGCGUUGGUUUACGAGACUGAGGACUUCAAGAGUUUCCAGCUCUUGGAUGGGAUCAUGCAUGGAGUCCCGGGUACGGGUAUGUGGGAAUGUGUGGACUUUUACCCGGUUUCUACCGUGGAGGAAAACGGGUUGGAUACGUCGAUCAAUGGACCAGGCGUCAAGCAUGUGUUGAAAGCUAGUUUAGACGACGACAAGUGUGAUUACUAUGCUUUAGGGACCUACGACCCGUACACGAAUAAGUGGACACCCGACAACCCGGAAUUGGAUGUGGGAAUCGGGUUGCGGUAUGACUACGGAAAAUAUUACGCUUCCAAGACAUUUUAUGACCAGAACAAACAGAGAAGAAUUCUGUGGGGAUGGAUUGGAGAGACUGAUAGUCAAGCUACUGAUCUCUUAAAGGGUUGGGCAUCAGUUCAGAACAUUCCGAGAACUGUGGUUUUUGACAAGAAGACGGGAACAAAUAUAUUGCAAUGGCCAGUUAAGGAGGUGGAGGAAUUGAGAAGAGAUGUAUCAGAAUUCGAAAACAUCAAACUUGAACCAGGAUCAAUCGUGCCACUGAAAAUUGGCUCAGCAACUCAGUUGGACAUAAUAGCUUCAUUUGAAGUUGAUAAGGAUGCGUUGGUGGCAACAGUGGAAGCUGGUGUGGGAUACAACUGCAGCACAAGCGGUGGUGCUGCCGGCAGGGGAUUGUUAGGACCCUUCGGUCUCCUGGUUUUCGCUGACGAAUCCCUCACGGAGUUAACACCUGUAUAUUUCUAUAUCUCCAAGGGCGCUGAUGGAAAGGCAGAGACUCAUUUCUGUGCUGAUGAAACAAGGUCAUCAGAAGCACCUGAUGUUACCAAACAGGUUUACGGGAGCAAAAUUCCAGUUCUGGAAGGGGAAAAGUUGUCAGCCAGGCUAUUGGUUGAUCACUCCAUUGUAGAAAGCUUUGGUCAAGGAGGAAGGACGGUAAUUACGUCGCGAGUGUAUCCAACGAAGGCGAUUUACGGAGCAGCCCGAGUGUUCUUCUUCAACAACGCCACCGGGGUGAGUGUGACUGCAUCUGCCAAAAUCUGGCACAUGGAAUCUGCAGAUAUUCGAUCCUUUCCUCUUGAAUCAGUUGUAAAUUAAUCCAUAGGGACUGAAACCGAACUUGAUGGUUUUGUUGGGGGCAAAUAGCUAUUAGAAUGAGCCCAAAAAACACGCAUUUGUACCAUUCGUACGUAUUGUUGUCCACAUUUUUUUGUGUAGAGUCUGCCAAUCCAAGCCGAAGCAUACAAGGAAUGGUGUGCUACAAGCCUACAAUGUAUUUAUUGUACAACAUGUACUAUAAUUUAUUUAAUGUUAAUUUGUUUAAUAAUACAGGGAGCUAUACUGCUAUACAGCAUAUUUCAAUGUUUUUCCCACUUACUGAAAUGACAUAUAUGUUCCUUGGGGUGGUUGUGGU